AGAGGGAGAUGGGGAGUUCAAUCAAGAAUAACAACAGCCAUAACCAUGGCCACAGCCACAGUCAGAGAGGGAAUAAGCCGUAUGCGUUGGUGCUACUGUUAGCGUUCGGGGCGGCGAUUCUAGGAAUCAUGGUGCUUCACAAGCUCAGAGAGAAACGUAUAUUUACUCUUCUUGUUAAGGAGAAAGAUCAUGAGCUCCUCACCCUUCACCUUCUCUACCAGAGAGAGAAAGAGUUCAAUGAAGAAGCUCGAAAGAAAGUAGAAGAGAUGAAGAACAAAGUCUAUUCCCUAAGAACCCAGAAGUUGGAACUGGAUAGAAGGGUGUCAGAAAUGGAGUCAACAAUUUCAUCUCUCAACGACGAAAGGAAGGUGAUAGAGUUGACAGUUGAGGAGAAAAAGAACAACAUUCAACUUCUAACAGCAGGGAUUGAUUCAGAUGCCCCUCAAGUUACUGCUUUGAAAGACAUUAUAAAGAUGAAAAAUGCAGAAAUUGAAGAUCUGAAACUCCAGCUAGAACAACAAGAUGACAGUGAAUAUGAUGACAACCGGGAUUAUUCAGAAUUUAGCAGUGAUGAUUACUCUUUUAGCGAGUUGAAUGAUGUGAAAGAUGGUGGAGUUGAUUUGAAGAAACAGUAUUCUGGAAAUGAAACAGCAGAUUUUCAAGUUGAAGAACAGGAGGAACAGAAAUUGCAGGAGAAUGAAGCAGAGAUGAAGAUGGGAAACCCAGAUGAAUCAUCAUCAUCUGUGACUGGGUUUGGAAUUGGAUCGAGAGUUAGAAGGAGACAUUCAAAGGGGAAGAGGAAAGAGAUAUUAAGAAACAGGGGAUUGGGUGAUGAAGAACAGCAUAAGUUUGAGAUAAAUCAAGCUGAUAAAACAGAGUUAUCUGAGGUUAUUAAGAAACUAAAUGAAACAACAGAGACUGGAAAUGAUGGGCAAUCCAGAAAGGAAGGAGAUCAGUUGCCAAAACUAAAUCAAACAGGGUAUGAUGAAAAGAUGCAUAGCAUUGAUGCUAAGAAUCAUGAGACCGGAUUGAUUACAAUGUAGUUGUAUCGUUUUGGCUUUCAUGUAUGUCAAUGCAUAACUUUGUUUAUCAAUAUUAAUAAUUAUUAUGUA